ACAAACUUACACGUGUGCAUUUUACGCGUCCUCGUGUCAUCUCCUUUCUCUCUCCUCUUUUCUUUCUUCUUCUCCCAUGAAUGUUUGUCACUCUUCUGCAUCAUCCACUUUCCGGAAAAAUAAAACUUCCAAUCUUUAGCUUCUCCGUUACGCCAUUAAUGAUUAUACCUUCAUUUAUGUGAACUCAAUUCCAGAUUUUCAACAUUUUGUGUUUUCUCUCUCUUGUUGAAAAAUUUAUUGCAAGUCAAAAGAAUAAAUUUAAAUCGUCUUACGAAAAUCUAAUCUCUGCAUUUUCGAUCAUCAAUUUGAGCGAAUUUCGUUUCAGAAGUGUUAUUUUGGAUCUGGAAUUGAUUUUUGUGUGAUUUGGAUCCGGAUGUUCUUAAAAUGCAGCAAAUUUCGGCGAAUCGAAGGCGCGCUUAUCUCACAGCUCUCUCUCAAGAAAUUCAGAAGAAGCUUCAACGAGCAGAAACGACGCCGUCGCAACGGCGAAAUUUGCUGCAGGAGUUAUUUGCUGAUAUAGCUUUGGAAGUUGAUGAUCGUGCCAAAGAUAUAAUUCUCAGCAGGGGUGCAGAUACAAUAACUCCUUCAGAAGAGGGCUUAGAAGAUCACCUGUGUUUCUAUGAUGUACUUUCUGGCCAUUUUAUUCAGGUGCCAGAGGAUGGACAACCCAUUCUUGAUCUGAUUGUGAAGCUAUGGAGCCAGUCAUUUGCAUCUCAUAUAUUUGCGCUGUUAUUCCACAAAUGGUUCUUUGAAGUUGAGAUCGAGGACUCCGAGAAGCUUCUUCGCUAUUCAUCUGCUCUUGUUCAGGGUUCUGCAAAUGUUUUCUGGAUGGACAUCCAGACCAAUACUAGACGUUUCCAGUCCCUCUUUCAUUAUCUACUCGAGGAUGUUACGUUGUACCAGUCACGAGUAACGAAGCUUGUCCUACAGGCUCAACGAGAUCUGUUCCUUCUAUUAUCAAGAUUUAUUUUCUUUUAUGACGCGGUUGAUAAGCUUGGUGACUUUCUGAACAAGUUUCCUACUUUUCCAAAUUCUUUCUUGGUUGGUGGUCCAGCAGACAUUUUUGUCAUUGAGCUCACAGAUCAGAUUCAGAAGUUGAAAGUCGAGCCUGUUUUGCUGCAUUACUUGUCGCAAAUUAAGUUUCUUCAAGGUUUGGAGCUUAGGAUGACAACUAGCACGCGGCUGAAGACUUGUUUAUACAGCUUUACUUGUCCAGGAGGCCCUAUGUAUCCUACAAGAUCUGUUCGCCAUGCAGCUUGGGAUACUUUGGAUGCACUUUUUCCUGUAGGGCAAUAUCCUCGGCAUCUCAUCAGUUUCUUCUUCCGGCUGUUGUAUCCGUGGUACUGGCCAUCAUCGUGUUGGCAUUUUGUGAUUUCUUGCAUAAAAGCUCUGUUUUAUUCCUUGAUAGGCUUAAUAGUCUCAAGCUGGGACGUGGUAAGGGGACGCAAGAUGUCCAAGAGAGACAUGUAGUUUUAUGCUCUAAAGCAUCAUUGAGAAAUCUUGUAAGCUCUUUACACCUUUUCGCUUUUGUCCCCCUCUUUCGACAUUCUUAGUGUUUCAAAUUGAGUUUUCUCAUGUACAUGUAUGCUUGUAAAGUUGGAUUUUCAUUUUUUCGGAGUGUAAGGGAGAUGUUAGAGACUUUGUUGUGUUGAUAUAAUUAUCUAGUUUGAUUGCAGCUGCCAGCUAUUUUGCACAAUAGUGUAGGCUGUACUCUGUAGCCUUGUUUGCAUGGGCGCAAAUAGCUACAGGUGAUGUUUAUUAUGUCUCAUCAAACUUAAAAGAUCAAGUUUAUGUAAUUUCAUCAUUAAAUGCAAAAUUAUACUUCACUUUGGUGUACCA